AAUAUAACUGGGGAACACUACAACACAUUACAGUUUUAAAACACCAGAAACAUUAACAGAUAGGCUACACUACAACAUUAUAUUAGGGACUGAAGACUCGAACGUGACUGUAGUUAGCUUGGAACGCACUCACGAUUUCAGUGUCGCAUGAAAUCCUACGCUGAAUUGGUGUCUAAAAAAACCCUUCUUUAGCUACUAGUGCAAGUUGUUAUGGCGGCGCUGCUAAGAGGACUUCGAGCAGUGGGAGUCCUGCGGGGGCUCAGCCGCGUUGUGGUUCCGACAGCCCCCACUGUAAGUCCUCAAAUCACUGGCCUGAGAGGUUUCCACUGUGCUGCCCUGCGGAGGCUCCCGGAGGACUCCAAGUCUGACAAAGACCCUGCUUCCUCCACCUCCACCUCCUUCCAUGAGCACUACCAGGCUAGUCACGCAGAGCAGGAGCCCGGCACCACUUCUUCACAGGAAGCCCCAGGGUCUGACCCUGUCUCUGAAGAGCCUCCCCAGCCCAACACCAGCUACGCAGAUCAGAGCGGAGAGCACAGUGAGGAGUAUGAAACUGAGGAGCAGCUGCAGGCGCGAGUCCUCACUGCGGCGCUGGAGUUUGUCCCACUACAUGGCUGGUCGAUGGAGGCCAUUGCUGCAGGGGCUGAGACCAUAGGCCUGUCCUCUGCUUCUACUGGGAUGUUCCACAACGGGGCAGGAGACCUGGUCCUCCACUUCAUCUCUCAGUGUAAUGCACAGCUGACAGAGAUACUAGCUGAGCAACAUAACCAGGUCCAGCUUGGCCAUGCAGAGCCAAAGAAAACUGCAGAAUUUCUUAGAGAUGCUUUAGAAACCAGAUUGAGAAUGCUGGCCCCAUAUAUUGAGACAUGGCCACAGGCAAUGAGCAUCUUGCUGCUCCCCCACAACAUCCCAGACAGUCUGAAGCACCUCUCCACCCUGGUGGAUGACAUGUGGUACUAUGCUGGAGACCGCUCCACAGACGUGAGUGGGUCCUCUCUGCCUUCAAACCCCUCCCCUCUCUUCCUCUCCCCCUUUCGUCCACAAGUCAACAACAUCAGGCCUGCCUCGGCAAAGUUGAACUGGUACACAAAACGUGCCGCUCUGACUGGGAUCUAUAACACCACAGAGCUGGUGAUGGUGCAAGACUCCUCUCCUGACUUCCAGGACACCUGGAACUUCCUCGACAACCGCAUCCAGGAUGUAGUCAACAUGGCCAGCACAGCCAAACAGGUGAAGUCUACUGGUGAAGCCAUGGUGCAGGGGCUUAUGGGAGCUGCAGUGACGCUGAAAAAUCUAACCGGAGUUAACCAGAGACGAUGAACUAACAUGGAUCUGUCUAUCCCACCAUCCCCCCUCCUCCAUCCCUUCUCUCUGUGGGACACUCCAUAAAGCCUAGCUUCUCUGAGCCAGCCACAUAGGCAUGUCUCUGUGAUACUAUAAGGGUUGGUGUUGUCUAGGCCUCUCCUUACUUGGCCACUGAGCCAGAUGUCUGAUCUGUGCAUAUGACAAUGAGUGGUUUUCUGUGAGGCUUCACUUGACUAAAGUUUGAAACGGUUUUCCCUCACAUCCACUCCUAGCCCAGAUUCUCCUGUUGUAUGAAAUGAUACAUAAAUGUGCUUUGUGCAUUGUUUUUGACAUGUUUCCAAUUCAUAAACUGUUCCUAAAUAAACAGAUUAAUUACUGAUCAA